GGCCAGUCUGCUCUCCAGGUUGCUUGCUGUGGUGGACUUGUCGAUGUUGCCAAGGCACUGAUCGAGCAUGGUGCGGACUUAUGCCAGGCAGAUGACCAAGGCUGGUUCCCGGCUAUAACAGCUUCGUCUUACGGACGGAUGGAUACCGUGGUUUUACUGAUUAGAGCUGGCGUAGACGUUAACGCCACUUACGGAGAAGACGGCUCCACAGCCUUACAUAAGGCGGUAGAGCAUUUCCAUGGCCUCAGCACAGUGAAGAUCCUUCUGGAACACGGUGCUGAUGCCUCCAAACAAGACAAUGAAGGGAAAACUCCGCUUGACAUA